UGUUUAUUGAGUUUAAUAACAUUUUAUAUAUAGGAUGUAUUAGUUGAAGCAAAACAAUGGUUUCCGCGUACAUGAAAUUGCUAACAGCUAAAGCCCACCUCCAUAAUAAUGAUAGCUUGGCAAGUGACGCUUUCCUGAUUGUGAUUGGUCUCUUUCACUUGAACGACAUGUCGUCACAACUGUAAGGAUACGUACGUAAGAAUGUCAUGUCAUGUCAAUGACAUGUCAUGUUCAGGAGUAAGUUCCCUAGAUUUUUAAUGUUAAUUUCAGAGUUUAACUGUUAAAUCCUAACUAAACUGCAGCGAGCGUGCUUCUGGAAUUAACUAAUAGAUGAGGUGAAUUAAUCAUCUAACGGCGAGGCUUAUCUCAGAUACUCCUUGGUAGGUGACAAUUUAUGAAGAACAAGAGGGCCUGAACUUCACUUGAAUAAUUUUAGAUGCUCCAUGUGGAUCCAUGUUGAUCUUUUCGCUACCCGGUCUGAACAGAGCAGUGGUGCGUGUGAGGAGACUGGCAGCACAGCUCAGCAAAGCAACCAUGUCCACUAACAGCCAGGGCGCCAGUUCGUCCUCUGCAGUCAGCGCUGAUGCUCCUACAGCCGCCAUUCUCAUCAUAGGAGAUGAGAUACUCAAGGGUCACACAGUGGACACCAACAGCACCUUCCUAGCCCGAGCUCUCAGAAGGCUCGGCGUGUCAGUGCAGCGUAUAACGGUCAUACCGGAUAUACAUGAGGUCAUAGCUAAGGAGGUGGUCGUCCUCUCCUCUCAGUACACCCACCUUAUAACAUCAGGAGGUGUGGGACCCACUCAUGACGAUAUCACCUUUGAAAGCAUUGCCGCAGCGUUCCAGGAGGAGGUGUAUCCCCAUCCUGAUCUCACCCAGCUGGUUGAGGAAUACUUUGGGGUGACGGACACAGACAGCCCGGCCAUGAAGCUGGCCAUGGUGCCUCGGUCAGCUAAACUUAACUAUGGGAUCGACCCUCAGACUGGAAAACGGCAGCGCUACCCAGUGGUCAGCGUGCGAAAUGUGUACAUAUUCCCAGGGACCCCGUCUUUCAUGGAGUUGGCCUUCACUGGGCUGGAGCACCUCUUUGCUAGUUCAGGAACCACAUUUCACUCUCGAGAGGUGUUUGUGGAUGCAGACGAAACAGAGAUUGCGCCCGUGCUCACCAAACUGCAGGCCAGUUGGGGCCGAAGGGUGGCUCUUGGUUCUUACCCCGACUGGUUGAGUAAUUAUUGCAAAGUCAGACUGGUUCUGGACUCGGACAGCCAGGAGGAGGUGGACAAAGCCCGAGCUCAGCUGGUUGAUCAGCUGCCCAAAGGAAGUGUUGUGUCCUUAAUCAAAGACCCAGUGACUAUUGCCCCUGCAGAGGUCUAUAGACUGGCCAACAGUGGCACAGCGUUGGGCGAGAAAGUGAAGUGUGCGCUGAAAACGAUAGAGACGGCACUGGAUCAGUAUUCAGCUGAGCAGGUCUGCGUUGGCUACAAUGGAGGCAAAGACUGCACGGCUCUGCUCCAUCUAUACUACUCUACGCUGAAACGGCGGUAUCCAGACGGGAAAGACAAGGUUAAAGCUCUGUAUAUCCGUAACGUUUCCCCAUUCCCGGAGAUGGAGCGAUUCCUCCAAGACGCAACAAAAAAAUAUGACCUCGAGUUGAUCUCGGUGGAGGGAAGUAUCCGGCAGGCUCUUAACGAGCUGCAUGACAAAAGGCCGGAGCUGAAAGCCGUCCUGAUGGGAACCAGGAGAAGUGACCCCUAUUCCCACACCCUCACACCGAUGUGCCCCACUGAUCCUGGCUGGCCGGAAUACAUGAGAGUCAACCCGCUACUGGACUGGACAUAUCAUGACAUUUGGUCGUUCUUGAGGACGUUGCACGUGCCCUACUGUAUCCUGUAUGAUAAAGGGUAUACAUCACUCGGCAGUAUGGACAACUCCUACCGAAACAAGGCCCUCCAGGUGGUGGACGAGAGGGGGGUGACGCGCUACAAGCCAGCCUACCUCCUGGAGAAUGAAGAAGAGGAGCGAAACUCCCGUGCCUGAAAUCGUCCCUGUUCUUAGUUGUUUUAUUACUGUAAUUAUUCAGAUGUCUGAUCAACAUUCACAUUAUUCUCAUAAACAGCAUUUUGGAUUUUGUGAUUAUUGGAAAACUCCACACAAUGUUUAUGUGACUGAACAGAAAGUGUGUAGUACAGUAAUGUGUUUUCGAAGCUGCUGAAUAAAACAUCAGUUCAUGUGUC